CCAGCUCCUGGAAGGUGUCAGUAUAACAGUGCUGGGUUACCAGGAAAGCUAUUCAGUCGGAGCCAAAUACAGCCUCACAAGAUGGAUCAAAUGUCCUCUUUCAGAGCGCUUCUACUUGCUCUCUUGCAGAUUUGCGUUUUUAGAGUUGAAUUCACAGUGGCACAGAAGGAUCCAGAAUUUAUAGGCCUUCAGCGUAUUGUUAAAAUUCAAGAGGACAGUCAACCUAACAGUUUGGUGCUGGAGUUCCAGGUGAAGACUGUUGACCCUGAUCCUCAGAUUGAGAUAUUUAACAUAAACCCACCUACCACUGUCUUUGCAUUGCCAACCAUUCACCAAGGAACAGGGAAUAUUCACAAUGUGAUGCUAAGACUCAGCAGUAUUGCCUCCCUGGAUUUUGAGACUCUGAGAUUAUACAGGUUAGAGCUCAGGGUGAGCGCUAACAACAGCACCGCCACACAAACCCUGGAAGUGGAAGUGUUGGAUGUCAACGAGCCACCGCAGUGUGAUGCUGUUUUCCAGUUUCCAGGUGCAGUGGUGAAGAUUCCAAACGAUCUGACAGUUCCUAUAGAGCUUUACCAUGUUGUGGCCUCUGACCCUGAUAUUAACAAUAACUUAAAUUACAGGAUUCACCAAGUCUGGCCCGCCUCUGCGAGACCACAGUUUAUGAUUGAUGGCACAGGCACUAUUUAUUCCAACCAAGGGUUUGGUUAUCAAAGCAGUGACAAGGAUUUCAUUGUCAAUGUGACUGUAAGUGAUGAACAAGGUGCCAGCUGCACAGGCAAAGUCAGGAUUGAGAUCCUGCCAGUCCUCGACCACAUGCUCAACUUCACGGUUCCAUCUCAGUCUGUCACUAUCUCUGAGGACAUUCAAGUUGGUUCAGUGGUGGCGAUAGUGAAAGCUCUGGGCUCUGAUCUGCGCUACGAGUUUGUGGGGAAUUAUCCUGCAUACAGGAUAUCUCAGGAUGGGAUCAUCCGAACCACAUGUGAACUUGAUCUUGAAACGGAUGGAGAUCAGCAAUGGAGCAUCCUGAUGAUUCGAGCCUUCAGCACCACACACCGCAGCGGCACUGCGACAGUUAAUGUUACUGUGCUGGACGUCAAUGACAACCCACCUACCUGCACACCUUCUGUCAUUGUGCUUUGUAUCCCAGAGACCAUCUCUAUAUACAGUGAACUGGCCACUCUCAGCUGCAGCGAUGCGGACAUCACCAAUAACAGUGUUUCAUACCAGCUGGAGCCCAACGCAGUGUCCCAGUUCAAGUUCCGUCUGCAGGGGAGCCAGCUCCAGGUGAACAACACUCUGGAUUAUGACAAUGCUGAAAUUGCGCACAAUAACUUCCAGUACAAAGCCACUAUUUUCGUCAUUGAUGGUGGCCUGCCACCUCUCACAACCGUAGUGCAGGUGUUGGUGACGGUGACCCCUGUCAACGAGUUCAUACCCGUGUUUCAGCAGCCAGUUCAGUUCCUGGUUAAUGAGGAUGCUGGCAGAGGCACUGUGAUUGGAAUGGUGAGGGCUACCGACCGUGACUGGGAACAUGACUCUAUCCGCUACUCCAUUACAGGUGCAGACCAAGGCUUCUCCAUCAAUCCCAAGACAGGGGAGCUCUAUCUCAGAAGAGAGUUGGACUUUGAAACACAGCCGACACACCAGUUUGUCGUCCAGGCUGUGGAUCUGAACCAGGACAUAAACCCAAGCGUCCGGAAACAAACCACUCAGGAGGUCACGAUUAAUGUCCAGAAUGUUAAUGAUAACCCACCAGAAUGCAAUCCAUUUUAUGAAACAGAAAUAUACUCCACUCUCAGUCUAACCGAGGAAAUCCUCUCACUGACUUGCUGGGAUAUUGAUGGAGAUAGACUGACGGCAACACUGACAAACGGUGGUAAAAAUGAUCGCUUUCGUUUGAACGAACUGCAGCUGUUUUCCAAAAAUGCCUUCUCUUAUAAUCCAGAAGGGAUAUUUGACCCCAUAUUUUUUGAGCUCAGAAUUGAGGUGACGGAUGGCAAAUUUUCCACUACGGUUCUGGUCAUUAUCCAUGUGAAGCCUUGGACAACCACAGUGCCCACGACCACAACACCAACAACAACCAGGGAGCCACGGGUGCAGACUGUGAUCAGUUCUUACUGGGAGCCGGAGCCCUGGUUUGUUGCUGUGAUGACCGUCACAAUCGCCCUUGCCUUGAUUGCACUGGGACUGCUCAUCUGGAAGAUCCUGCAGUGUACUUCAGCUUGUGGAAAACCUACCCAAGAGAUGUCCCAGCCGCUACUUCAAAACACGUACGUGAAUUUUGCUGAAGAGGCCAAACCACAAAACCCACGUGACACACCCCAGACAUUUGAUGGAAAAGCUCAAGAUCCAGUUACAGGAAGAAACUACCUGUUUAACUCGAUCACAGGGGUGAGACGUUGGACUUAAGAUUUGAAUCCAAUCAAUCAGCAGGUGGAAGUCAAGGGGAUAUCGAUAGGAUGUUGCCAAUUCCUGAGUUCUGCAGAUUUACCCUGCAAUGUAGCCAUAUGCAGCAAGAGUUAGGUAACAUUGUUUGUGUAUUUAGGUUUUGGAGUGAAAAUAAUUUGUUUUAUAACAUACUUGUCCUGGAAUCAUUUAAAAGUGUUGUUAUGUAGAGGUAACUAUAGAAACGCAGUGUACUCGUAAUCAAUUCAGUUAUGUGAUGAAUAUAUAUCAAGGAAACUGGACCAAUAAAUGUGUAAUGUACAUGUAAACAUACUUAAUUACAUGUCAUAUUUAAUGUUACAAGAGUAAAUAUUUUGAUACCUGAAUAGAUUAAUGUGUUACAUUUCAACAUUUGGUUAAUUAUUGUUGAUAAAUAGUUUUUUAUGGUCACAUACAGCGUCAUCGUAACUGCUUGCUCGCUUUCUUCAAAAAUACAAUAAAUACAUCUCCCAAGAGCCAUGCAAAUGAGCUGUACACUUCUCUACACCAGGGCAGGUCAAACAAACAUUUCAGGUACUUUUAAAGUGUCAUUUAUUCAUGAAUUGAGGUGCAUUGUAACUAAAAUCUUGUGUUAAGUGAGUUUUCAGAUAAAGAUAAUCCCAAUCUUAAAAACAGCCUCAAUCAUCAUCAUCAUCAUCAUUAAGUUUUUACCAUAAAACAUGGCUGUACUGUUCAAAUGGAUAUUUCAGUUUCACAUAGUAUAGCACAGUUGCUGUUAAAGUUUAGUAAUCUAUUCUAGGGAUAUUUAAAUGAUAAAUUACAGUACCUUGCUGGGGGAGUCCUUGCAUGGCUUCCUGGUACGCCUUGGCAUGGAGACUAAGUGUUUAGUUAACCAGCAAACAUGCACCGUUUAUGGCCUCUGGCUUUUUGUUCUUUACCCAGUAUCAGUGUAAUGCAAGUCACCUUUUAAAACAAAUAGUUCUCUCAAAGACAGAUUUGAAGUUUACAAGAAUCUCCAGCAAUAAACCAAAAUCGAGACAAUGAAAUCUAGUGACUGAACUUUUAUUUAAAUUAAAUCAUUGUAUGACUUAAGCAUUUCAAUGUUCUUUACCAAACGGUCUACCAUUUUUUUUUUUCUUUUGUUAGAUUUUUUUACCCCCUGUGAUGAAAAAGAAAGAAAACAGUAAGCCCUACAAAUGAACACUAUCGAUACCAAAACGAAUCUAGGAGUAAGAGAUGUAAACAGAGAAUAGCCAAAGCACGCAAAUUACGGCGAAGGAAAUGGAAUGAAAAAAUAAAAAAAUAAGUAUGUUAGGUAAUUACAUGUUUUAAAUGUAUGUUAACAGGUGUUGAUUGCUUUCCUCCCCCAGGUCUAGAAGCUUUAUUGGUUUAUUGUUUUUUUUAAAGGAAUGUUAUGCUGGUCUGUGCUAAUGACAGAACUAAUGAUAUUAACUAUCAGCAGUCAUGCAGCACAUAAUGCAGAUUUUGCUAAGAAUGAGGACUUUAUGUAAACUUUAUAAAAAAGCACUUUCCUUUCUUGCUAGUAUUCUCCACCCCCAUUAUUUAUCUAAAGUAAAACAAACAAUUUCAAAUGAAAAGGGGGGGAAAAACAUUGUGGUUCCGGCAGGCUUGAAGAUUUAAAAUAAGACAUCUUGAAAUGAAAUAAAACCCCCUCAAAUGGAAAAUAUAUAUAUAUAUAUAUAUAAAAAAAAAGAUAAAA